UAUAAUCUCUGUCCUAGGAGAUAAUUAAUCCAUUUCAAACAGGCCAGAAUGGAUUAAAGAGGAAUCAAAAUUAAAAACUGACAAGUGGACUUCACAUUUGAUUAAACUGGAGUAAGAAUAAUUGCAAUCAAUCCCAUUAAAGUUCAUGUAUUCUUUUUUAUAAUAACAGUUCGGUUGCUAUUAAUAUAAUUUAUAAUAAGGAUAAUAAACAAGGAUUAAGAGAUAAAAGUUAGACAACAUUGUUUUCUAGAACGAUUAGUAAUUUUUAAUCAACACGCAGAAAACAGUAAAAAGAAACUAUGGACAUGUAUUCUAAUUAUUAUAUCAAAGUUUUAUUCCAUGUGUGUAUUAUAUUAAUCAUUGCUGGUCAAACCCAGACAAUGAGAAGAAAACAUAAAUCUAGGAUCACUGACAUGCCAAUGAAUGAACUUAUCAAUAAGUUCUUUGAUAACAUUGACCCAAAUGAGGUGGAUAUAGAACGUGACACAAACAAACAAACAGAAACAGUAAAUAUAAUAAAUAUUUGUAACCUUGACCCCGACCGAGGACCAUGUAAGAGAAAUCGUCGUCGUUACUAUUACAAUCCGUUGAAUAAUCAAUGCCUUCAAUUCAGCUAUGGAGGUUGUCAAGGAAACAGCAAUAACUUUCUUACACAAACUGCUUGUGAAAAACAGUGCAUGCUAAAUGAGACGCAGAUAUGUAACCUACCAGUUGAUAAUGGACAAUUCUGUCUGGAACCAACUGGUGAGAGGUUUUCCUGGGACCCAGCAAAAAAAGAAUGUACAAGUUUCCAGUACAGGGGUUGUAGAGGGAACCUCAACAAUCACUUGACCAAGGAAUCUUGCUUAACAAAGUGUGGCCAUCUUGAUAUCUGCAGCCUGCCAAAGGACACAGAGGACUGCGACCUGCCUGUUCCUGCAUUCUACUUCAACUCUGCCACACGGAUGUGUGAACAAUUGGAGACUGGCAAAUGUCAAAAGAAUGGCAACACAUUUGAAAAACUAGCUAAAUGUCAGGAUGCAUGUCGACCAACAUGCAAAUGGACUUGUAAGAGUUGUAGAAGGAACAACAAGGUGAGAGUUGUCUACAAAUGUUGGCAAUGUCUACAAGGCGUUUUUACAAAGAUCAUUGGCAUUGUUAUUCUGGCAAAGUUGGUGUCAUUCAACUUCGCCUUUGAACAAGAUCGGACUGGAUUAUUCCUGAGCAUUUCUGAUGAUGAUAAAAUCGGGAAUAACAGAGGAAAUAAAUUUCUGCCACUUUAUAAUAGAGGGCUUGGAGAUGUCUAUGGCAGAUUUCAGCAAGAUGAGUGGGGGAAAGACAAACUUUUAGGUUAUGAAGAAACCAAUGACAAGAAGGAAAUACAAAGUGAUGAAGGAGAAACAGAAAGUGAAAGGCAAGAAAAGCUUUACAAGAUGUUACGUGAAUUGCUUAGAUACGCAGCAAGCAAGCAUGAAACAACAUAUCACCUUUCGGGAUCAGAAGCUGGUGUAUCGAAAAGGCGUUAUGAUGGCUCGAAAUCCACCCCAUGGCAUUUCCGAAAAUGUCAUAAAAAGAAAAUCAGUGAGAAAGUGAUACAAGAUGUGAACUUUUUCAUAAAAACAUUAAGCCCAAGCAAAAAAGCAGUUAUUCACCUUUGAAUAUAUAACCUAUUUAUAAAGUUGAUAUUACACUAGAGCCUACAGUGAAUGCAUUUAUCUGAUACUUAUGAUGCACUAUACUCUGUAAACAUGACAUUGCCUUUAUGAACGUCUAGUAUUAUCUUCGUUAAUGUAAUUUUAUACAGUAUGUGUGAGAAUAGGCACUAUCAUGUACCACUUUAUUACACAUAUGAAGACACAAAUAAAAAUUUUAUAUUUUCAAAAUUCAGUAGAACUAAAAGAUUAAGAUGAAUUGAAUUCCCUUUCCCAGUGAUGGUCACAUUUAACUUGCAGAUUGGUCCAGC